AUGGCAGAAGAAGUGUGUCCAAAUCAAGCAGGCCUCCAUGAACUCUUUCAGCAGACCAUGGCCCUUGAGAUUGAUGUCAAGGAUGCCAAUGGCCAACCGCAGUUCACGGAUGUGUGUGAAUGGAUGGCAUCCAAAUUGCAGGAUCCGCAGCAAAGGGAUGCUCAUGGACAGGCUCUUCGUUUGCUGUAUCUAGACUGCACCAACUUGUUGGGCUUCCAAGGAAGGGAGACGCAGUACCAGACCUACUACCCGCAGCAUGCUGACUACAAGACCUUGGAGGGGGCAAGCCACAGAUGCACAGUCUUCAGCCUGCGAGUUUGGCAGCUUGGUGCCCAUGAGGUGUCACAUAUGAAAGGGGCACCGCCCCUCCAUGGCAUCAGGGACUGCAUCCAGAGGAUGCUGACAACCACAGGGUGCCAGACGGACAAGUAUCCGUUGGAGAUCCUUUUUGAGUGGGGCACGCAAUGGUGGCAGUCUUCAGCUUCACAGUCCCCACAGUCCCCACAGUCCUCACAGUCCGCGCAGUCCUCACAGUCUUGCAGUCCAAGUCAAAGACCUGGACUUGCCAUUGAGGACUUCACUGUGGCCCUGUCCAUUGGCUCAUCUGUGACCAUGGCAUGCCAUCUGCUCUGCUGGGCAGCCAUCAAGCUUCAAUGGCUGCAGUCUGGGGACAUGAUGGCAGCAGAGGUCAAGAAGGAUGGCACUGUGGAAGCCCAGUCCCUGGACAGCUUGCGCAUCAAGACAGACGCCAGCACAAGGUCCAGGCCAUCCAUUUGCAACAUGCACUUCUUGUGUGCGCCUCAAGUUCAAAAGGGCUCCCAGUUUCAAUUUUUGCAUUCUUGCAUUGAGGGACUGUUUGACUGUGGGAUUGUACCACUGCUGGUGCUGAGGUUUGACAGGAUCGUGGCCCAGAAGCUUGCGCUUGGCUCUCGCAAGCUGCGGAAAGAUCUGCUGCAAGAGGCCAUCUACAAGCACAACAAGGGCACUGUUGGAAAGUCCAAAAUCUUUCCGCAUGAGAUUGAUGCCAUCUACGUGUAUGACCAGGUUAUCUGGGGAACAGAAGCGCCGCAGUACACAGCAGUCACACUGUCUUGCAUUUCCCUUCCGCUCUUCAGUCCUCAGAAGGCCAACACUGGCAUUCUGCGUGUGCAGAGAGAGGCCAACCCUCUGUGGUAUGAGAUUGCAAGGCACUCUUGGGCCAAGAUUGAGGAGAUGCUCACGCGCGUGGAGUGCAAGUGGAACAUGAAGAUCAAGGAGUACCUGGACAGAAAUGCAGUCCCUCCAAUCUACCAGGCCGCCAGUUGCAGUCCCUUCAGAGAUGCAGGCAAGGAGACUGAGGUCUACCUGAUGGCAGCCAUGAUUGUGCAUUUCCAGUCCGAGCUCCAGUCCAGCUUGCCGCCAGGAGAGCACCAGAAGUUCAUGCAGAACUGGCGUUGUGGAUUUCUGGACAGCAAGCUGCUCCCAGAAGUCGUAGCAAUGAGACCAGAUUUCAAGAUUGGUGACAUUUGGUCCUCAGUCUCGCAGUCUAGCAGUCCAGAUUUGCCAGUGGACUUUGCUGUUGAUGAGGAUGCGGAAGAGAGUCUGCGACUCUUGAUCACCCUUGCCCGUGCACUGAAGAAAGAGCAGGACAGCAUGAGGGCGCAUCGAGCAGCAGUCCACCGUCACGCAGUCCAGACGAUUGCCGCGGAGUGUGACUGGCAGACUGAUAAGAACAAGGCCAUCAAUGAAGCCUGGGACAGCCACAAGGUCUAUUACCAGGUCGUAUCUGCCAAGAACCUUGCUAGUGCUGAGGCCUUUGAGAACAGUUCGCACAGACUCCUGGCUGGGCGCUUGUUGAAGGAGAAGGGCCAGGUGCCUUUGUUUGCAGCUAAGUCUGAGCGUUUUGGCUUUCCUGUAAAGUCUCAGAGUAGCAAUCUGAGUCCUUUUGGUUGCUGUUUUGUUGUGGCAAAGGUCCCGGUCCUUGCAGUCUUGAACAUUCCAAUGCUUGGGGUUGUGGCAAGUACUGUGGUGACGUCUAUGGUUACAAAGAUGGCCUCUGAUCUCAGCAAUGCUCCCACCACCACCAUGUACAUCGUCAUUCCUCCGAACCAGCCUCCCCAUGGCACAGGCAGAGUUUCAAAGGCUGAGCGGGACCAGAAAGUUGCUUUACACCAGUCUCUGUGGAAGACUGAGAUUGACACCUGUCAAACUCUCCACCUCAUAAAGGCGUCAGGCUUGUUUGAUGUUGACAGCAUGUACAGUGAGGAGCGGGACUUGGGGAUUGAGUUCUGGAUCAUCAUGCAAGGCAGUGUGGCCCCUGAUGAUGGACAAGAGUCGCAGUCCACACAGUCCACACAGUCCAUGCAGUCCACGCAGCCGUCCAAGAAUCUGUUUGCUUCUUCAGUCUUGGUGAAGAGGAAGGCUGUGCCAGGAUUGGUGCAGUGCAUGGAGCGUGCCAAGAUGGCGAAUUUUGCAAAGGAUCUUGCCUUUGCACAGUCUGGCACCACACAUGGAGAUGCUGACCUGGAGCGAUCUGGGGCUCAAGAUUCAGCACGAAAACAGUGGUUCUCUGGCCCCAGUCUUCUGAAGGAUUUGCUCAUGGCCAGCUUGAAGGGCACAAAGUUGGGAAAGUCCCACACUGUGCUGGUGAAGGAUUGUUCUCCCUAUGAUGCAGAGUUGGCCCUUGCCAUUGCAAGCCUGAAUGCGGUCAGCCAGAAGACUUGGCCAGACAUGGGCUAUGUGGCAGCAGGGUGGGUUGGCGGUCAGGCUGUCAGAGAGCAAGUGAUGGUGAACAUUGAAAAUGUGAUUGCAGAGCAUGUGAAGGGGGCAAUUGGGCGCAAUGACUACCAUUUGGCCCAGAUUCCUGAGGCAUUUCGUCGUCAGUGUUCAGUCGUGCAGUCUCAGUCUGGGGGCGUUCCCAGCUUGAAUGUGUCUGAUUUUGAGCUCACCAUCCCAUCGGCAAGCAAUGAGUUGCACUUGACGCAAGAGUUUGUGGACAAGGGAAAACGUUGUGGCAAAGUCCCCUUGCCAGACAGCGAGGUGUGGAAGGGGAUGACUUGGGCAGACAUUCUCAAGAAGCACAAUGAUGAGUUCAACCCCGCGGGCACAACCCGUGGGAAGCGUGCUGCUGAUGUCUCAGUGCAGGAGCUGGAUGCGGCCAACACAGCAAGUGCAACGCUCACGACUGUCCUGCAGUCCAUCAGUCCUGACAUGGGUCGUUGUCAGGUUCCUGGCACCACAACGCACCUGUUCUAUGUGACCAAAUCUGGUGAACUCUAUGUGAAAGGACUGGUGGACUGCAACUUGGAGGGGCUGUUGUUCAACGUGCAUGGCAAGUUCAAACGGGGCGAGGAGGCAAAUUCCCUAUUGGAGGCCAACUCAGAGGCAGUGAUCCCCUACAGUCUCACAGCCAGUUCCAAAGUCCUGCUGAAGGCCAAGAACAAUGCAAGCCUUCCACCCUGUCUUCAGCCCUUUGCACAGAAGCAGGGAGUCUUGGAGAAUGUGUUGAAUGCUAUGUCCAUGGCAGGCUUGCCAAAGGUGGGCAUCUACCUCCACAGCUGUGAGUCGCAGAACACAGGGACAGAGGUGAAGUGGGAGGUGAAGGUGCUGGAGCCAGCAUGCCUCAAGACCAGCAUUGAAGAGCCCCCGGAGGAUGGGUCGCAGUUUCCGCCGCCAGAGAUCUCCUACCUCAAGUUGUCCAGCUAUGUUGUUUUGUCCAAGAUGAACAGCACUGAGAUUUGUUUUGCUCUUGAGUAUGAUGACCAGUGCAACAAGCUGAAGGGCAUGUAUCCAGGAGUCUGCAUGAAGCAGCUUACCAAGCUUCCCAAGGAUGUGAUUGCUUCAUUGUAG